UGGAAUGAAGUACCACACACAGCCUCCUGCAUGAUAUGGCCUUUGAGACACAUUGCCACCUAAAGCCUUUUUAACUGAAAAGAUUACCCCGUUACCAGCAGAAAAGAAUCACUAUCCAGUGUUUUUUGGAUCAAUUGGAGAAAAUAAUGCGUUCCUUCUCCACCAGGCCCCGAAUUACCAUUGGCCAAUUUUGAUCAUGUGACCAGGAAUUGGAUGCAAUUUCGCCCUAGUCUUCAGUUUAGAAGACCAAGGUCCCCAUACGCUAGUAAUAUCACUAUUAUACACAAUUAUUAAAGCCUGCAAAUACACAGUUGCGGGGCAAUUCCUCUUUUUAUUUCCUUUGAUUGUUUUGAUACCCCGCCUGCUUUCUGAUCAAGAGAAGCGAUGAAUUUUGAAUUUGAGAGGGAGACUGGGUUUAUAAACAGCCAGCCAUCCCUCGCAGAGUGCCUGACGUCUUUUCCCGCUGUCCUGGAGUCAUUUCAAACUUCAUCAAUCAAGGACUCGACAUUAAUUCCUCCUCCUUUUGAGCACACCAUCCCCAGCCUGAAUCCCUGCAGCCAGGCGCGACCGAGGAGCCAAAAACGAGUUUCAAAUGGCCUCUUGCUCCGGACACCGGCACACCAGGGCCCAGCUCCGCCAACGAACAACGGCCCGCCGGCACCCGAGUUCCCAUGGAUGAAGGAGAAGAAAUCCUCAAAGAAGAGCCAGCAAUCGGGAAAUGCAACCACCUCCUCCCCCACUUCUGCUUCAUCCAGAUUUUCUGCUUCGGGGCUGGAGUCUCCGACAGAGGCGCAGAAUGGUCUGGACAAUGGCAGCAGCUCUCGACGGUUAAGGACAGCCUAUACAAAUACGCAGCUUUUGGAGCUAGAGAAGGAAUUUCAUUUCAACAAAUAUCUAUGCCGUCCUCGCCGGGUAGAAAUCGCGGCAUUGUUGGAUCUAACCGAGCGACAGGUUAAAGUGUGGUUCCAGAACCGGAGGAUGAAGCACAAGCGACAGACUACACAUCAUAAGGAGGGCCAGGAAGGCGAUGGUAGUGGAUUUGAUCCCGUGGAAGGGAGCGAUGCUGCAUCCCCCUUUUCGAGUCCACUCGCAGAGCCGCCGGGCUCUGCAGCCUCAGAAAAUGAAACUUCGUCCUACACAAACAGCAGUGACAAUAACCAGCCCACGCCCGAGAAGACACAACCAACCAGCCAGAAGCGUGCAUCUGCUCCCUAUAAAUCUGUGAGAUCCCGCCUGUAUCAACCGCCCACUGUAGAUAACCUUCCUACAAUGGGCGAAGGCGGUACAUCUGGCCCAGAGCACUCGUUUUCAGAGACGCAUAAUGCCUCCUCUCUCCCGGAUUUGAAUUUCUUUCCUACCGACUCCUGCCUACAGAUUUCUGACGCCUUGUCGCCAAGUCUGCAAAGCUCGCUCGACAGUCCGGUAGAUUUUUCUGAAGAGGACUUCGACCUAUUCACUAGCACACUUUGUACAAUAGAUUUACAACAUUUGCAGUUCUAA